AUGAACGAGUGGACUGAACUAUAUUGUUUUAUAUUGCCUGAAAGGGUUGGAGCCAUUCCAGUCUGUUUAAUUUGCAAUUCAACUGUCACUAUCAUUAAAAGUGGAAAUUUAAAACGGCAUUAUGAAACUACUCAUAAAGAUUUUCAUUCAAAAUUUCCUCCAGGCAGUGAAGUGCGUAAAAAUAAGCUCCAUGCAUGUAUGUUAUCUUACAAAAAUAGUACGACUACACUUAUACGGUGUAUGAGUGAACAAGAGAAAUCAACUGAAGCAGCGUUGCGUGUGUGCUGGGUUCUUAAUAAGCACCAAAAACCAUUUUCCGAUUCCGAAAUAGUAAAAGAGUAUAUUCCUUUGUCGGCAAGGAGUAACACAAGAAGGACAGAAAUUUUGGCAGCCGAAAACAAUAAAAGCUUAUUUGAACUUUUACAUAAGUCACCGUGCUACUGUAUUGCGCUUGAUGAAUCUUGUGACUUAGUUGAUUCUGAACAAAUGUCAAUUUUCGUGCGAUUCUUUGACAUUGAAAAUAAAGUGUUUAGAGAAGAGUUACUAGCAAUAUUGACAUUUGAAGGCAAGACUCGUGGAGAAGAUUUAUUUAAGAGUUUGAUGACUUCAUGA